AUGCUGAUCAAUAGUACAUGCCAGUUCACAGGGGAUCCAAGAUUUUUGUGUGCAGUUGAAUUCAAUGGUUGUGAGCUGGCUCUUGUUACCUAUUGUAUUCAUUGUCCCCAUUUAAAAACUUCCUGCCCUUAUUUACCGUGUCUUGGGUAUACUGUAUACUUGUCUAAGUCAAUUACCUAUACAAUACCUAUUUUUUGAUCAGGCGUUACCAGUUUUACAUUAAUAUCAGCCAAGAUUUUAGGGCUGAUUAAUACUUAAAAAUCCCCUCAAAUCUGUUCCCAUGGGUUACUGUGAUAAUAAUGAAAUUUCUUUAAUUUUUUAGUGAAAAAUUAUCUUCAGAUGUCGAAAGCAUCUCUGGCGAGGAAAUUUUGUCUCAGCAGUCCAGUUUGAAAAAGGAAAAUAAUAGUCCAGUGUUAGUGGAACACUCAACUCCGUAUUCUACUCACUGUCGUGCAGCAGCCAGACCUCGUAGAUUACCAGUCAUAAGCCCUCUCGUCGCCGAAUCACCGCCAGAAGGAAAUGCGGUUCAGUUUGAUAGCCCUAACUUAUUCUCCGAUACAACUCAAGAGAACUGCGUUUCCUCAGCCAAUGACGACGAAGCAAGAUGUAACGUACCUGUUAAGAAUCGUGACGUACACAAUUCAGCCAAUAAGAAUGAAGAUGGACAUACCACAGCCAGUGAGAAGGGAGAUAUCUGUCACACAGCCAAUAAGGAAGGAGAAAGCUGUAAUAUCGAUUGGACAGCUGAAUUAACCGAAGACGAUAUGAGUUUGAAAAGUCAAAUAUCAAAUUCUAGUGCGACAACUAGUUUGGAAGUGGAAAUAAAAUUGCAGAAACUGUCGAGCAGUGACAUUCAGAACGUCUCUUAUAAGAUAAAGAGUUUGUCGUGGAACGAAGACGCAACGAGGCAUGAUGUGUGCAAUAAUGUUGACAAUUGUUCACACGAAAAUCUGUCUGAGAAUCAUAAAGUUGUUUCUCAUGAGAGGGAUGCUCAUUCAGUCUCAAAUCGGUUCAUUUGUACCCAAAUUGUUUCUGAGGAAAUGGAAAAUGCUCCAAUUGAAUGUAAAUGUAAAGAUUUCGAUGAAUCGUCGCAACAUAGGAAGACCCUUCCAACACAGGAACAAACGCAAAGUUUGACAAAAGAGCAAAAUAUUUCCAACUCAGUUCAAUAUUUAUCCACGAAGAAAGACCCUAAUGGCUAUAUUUCAGAAAUAAAUCCUAUUUCAAAGAAGGAUCGUUCUUACAAUAAUCAACUAGAUGAUUGCAAACAGGAAGAAGCAAAUCCUAUAAAUAUUAAUGAAGAACCUUAUAAAGAUAGCACAAAGCCCGUUCAUCUUGCAAAUAUGAAAACAUUGCCAAAGAAACUAGCAGGACUUUGCUUACUUGAUGCAAAGGUGUAUCUGAAUAAGAAAGAAGGUCUUACAUCAUCCAGUUCAGGCGCAGUGAAAAAUUCCAAUAUAUCUGCUCCACAGAAUUCUUUGGGCAGUGUGAAUGUAAAUGGUGAUGCACACCCGGAAACUCACUCUGGGGAUAACCUCCAACAUUUACCCUCUAGCGGGAUUCACCCACCGAAACACUCAGGAGAUGGCCUCCCAACCCUCCCUCCCAGAGAUUCCCAUCCACUGACUAACUCACCGAUUGAACUCCCAGCUUUAUCCUCCAGUGAAGUCCACCAGUCGAUACCCUCUAGUUGUGUACUUCCACAACACAGUUCAGGUAUCUCAGGACAGGUUGGAUUUGCUGAAGUAACUCCCAAGAAUUUUGAUAUCCACACGCCUCUGAAUGGUCAACAUACUGGAAAGAUUAAGAAUCCAAAUUAUUCGUCAUUCGCGGUAAGAGUAUUCAUUUCUCAAAUCGUAUUUAUCUAGUAGUCACUACUGUAAUCAGGGUUCAUAGCGGUCUUUAAGGUCUUUGAAAAGUCUUUGAAUUGUGUGAAAAAGCAACGAAAGUCUUAAAAAUCUUUAAAUUCUUUAGUGAGUAUUUGAUUAUACGAUUUCCUAGCUAAUAAAAUCGAUUGAUUGAAGCAAGAUUUUCGCAAAUAUCGACGAAAAGGCACAUUUUAGCAUGUGAUUUGACGGGACUAAUUAUUGGGUAAAAAUGGUGCUUACACUCGCAAUUUUUCGAAAGCUGAUUUCUCUCAAAGGUCUUUGAAAAGUCUUUGAAAAUAGGCAGAAAAAAUCUUUGAAAGUCUUUGAAUUUUUUUGGUGUUGGAGACUACGAACCCUGUGUAAUUAACAGUGAAGAGAUUUUCUGUGACCACUAGCCAAAUGUUCUCAUGAAAUAAUCAGAGAAAUCUAGGAAUAUUGGCUAAACGUAUGUGGCAAUAACUUUUAAGCGCUAACAAGCUUUUACAAUAAGUGUAUAAAACACAUUUGGUGGACAUUUUGCUAAAGGCCAUAGACCAUUUACAGAUUUUCUGGACUGUAGCAUUUUACACGCAUAGCCUCACCUUUAUUUUUUGAUUUCUUUUGAAUUUUAUUCAGUUUUUUCUGCAAAUGGUCUAUGGUACACGAGACAACUUUCUCUGAAACUUGACAUAUAAUUUCGGACCCAAAGCAUGCAUUUAUGUACUAUAAAUAUGUAAACGUACUCACAUACCGCAGACUCGCUGACACUUUACGAAAUAUUACCAUCCUCUUAAUGAGGUGCAAUUCUCUUUAAAACGUUUCUCCCUCGUGAUUCACAGGAAUUUUUUUACAAAAACAUUAAUGUUUUGAAGAUGGGAAAUAAUACUAUUCUUGUAAACCAUUUGUAAAACCCAUCAAUGGAUAACGCGAAUAAUUACCAUCAAUGGUACCAUUAAUAUGAAACAAAAUUACGAGAAAUGGGAAAUCAUUUUGAAAAGAAUAAACCAUUACUGGAUUGUACUAUAAAACAUAUUUUUUCGCAUUUAUUUAAUGUUAUUGAAUUUGUUAAUAAGAAUUAUACAUAUACCAGUAUAAAAAUUACUUUCUCCAUUCACGGUUUUUUUCCCUGUGAUAAUAGGAAGCUCUUACUCCAGCAAUAAUACAUAAAUGUCGAAAGAAAUCGUCGAGUUCAAUGGACAACAUUCUCGUGCAAUGUGAACAACGAACAGUUUUGAAAUUCACCGACGUUCUUUCACCAAG